CUGAUGACCUUUGAUCAUAGUCUUACAUCCGUAGAGUAAUGGAGUCGAGCAGUUUGACACUAAACUUAGGUCAGCUGAUCGCAACGUUUUUGCUGUUCCUAUCCUUUCCACCUUGCCAUGGGUUACCUGGAGUGUUCUUGAACAGGCCCCAUGCCAGUGAGGUAUUGCUGGAGAGGUCUCGGCGAGCCAACUCCAUGUUUGAGGAACUGAAACAGGGCAACCUGGAGAGGGAGUGCCUGGAGGAGAUAUGCGACUACGAGGAAGCGAGAGAGAUAUUCCCCCUUCCUGACCACCUGACUGAGUUCUGGAGGGUGUAUUCAGAUGCUGAUGACUGUUUAUCUCAGCCAUGUGUCAAUGGUGGGAGGUGUGAGGACCAGUUCCAGGCCUACAUCUGUAUCUGCCCCAGGGGCUUUGAGGGCCGAAACUGUGACAAAGCAACCGUGUUUCAACCGGCAAACUACGGUUGUCUUUACCGCAAUGGAGGAUGUGAGCACUUCUGUGUUGAGUCACAGGACUCCACUCCACACUGCAGCUGUGCUGUGGGGUACAGCCUGGCCUCUGAUAACACCAGCUGCAUAGCCCAAGUGAAAUUCCCCUGUGGAAAAACGCAAGCGAUAGAAUUUGGCCCCAGAAUCGUCAGAGGUGAUGUGUGUCCGCGUGGGCAGUGCCCGUGGCAGGCCUUACUGAAGCGCAAUGGGGGUUACCUUUGUGGAGCCAUAGUCCUGAACUCUGAAUGGAUUCUGACUGCAGCACACUGUGUGUAUCAGACUGAUGCCAGUAGACUGGAGAUCACAGUGGGGGAGCACAACCGCGAGGUAGAGGAGGGCUCGGAGCAGUCUCGCGGGGUGAAACUCGUCAUCUCGCACGAGGGCUACAAUCACACCACCAAAGACAGCGACCUGGCCCUGCUCCGCCUGAAGUCCCCCAUCAAACUCAGCCGCUACGCCAUCCCCAUCUGCCUACCCACCCGCGCGGGCACGUUCGGCCGAACCCUGGCCGCCAUACGCAACUCCACCGUCAGCGGCUGGGGACGGCUGGCCCAAUUGGGGCCCCCCUCCGUCAUCCUCCAGCGGCUGAACGUGCCGCGGGUUCCCUCACGGGAGUGCAUGUCACACACGGGCCUGGACGUGACCAGUAACAUGCUGUGCGCUGGCUAUAAGGAGGGGGGUCGUGACUCGUGCCAGGGGGACAGUGGCGGCCCCCUGGUGACCCGCUACAAGAAUACCCACUUCCUGCUGGGCAUCGUGAGCUGGGGAAAGGGCUGCGCUGCCAUUGACUCUUACGGAGUCUACACCAGAGUGUCAAACUACUUGCAGUGGAUAGAGGAUCACAUGAAGAGAGAGAGAUUCUCAUGUCAGCGAUGGAAAAGAGACUUUGAACACAAACCUAUACGACUGACACAAAACACAAAAGUGGAAAAAAGAUUCUACGCAGAAGUUCAACCCGACAUGUGUAAUCUGCAGGUUUUCUGUCUAACAGUGUUGCUAGCGCCACUGUAUUCCUGCCACCCAGUUUCACCUGUGUUUCUGGAGCGUGGGGAAGCACAUGAGGUACUUGAGCGCAGUCGCAGGGCCAACUCAGGCUGGUUUGAGGAGCUGAAAAAGGGCGAUCUGGAGAGGGAAUGUCUAGAAGAGCUGUGCUCCUACGAGGAGGCCCGAGAAGUGUUUGAACACACCAAAACUACGGAUGAAUUCUGGCGUAAAUACAAUGUGGUGGAUCACUGCCUCUCCAACCCCUGUGCCAACAACGGGAUUUGUACGGCCUUGGGAGAGGCUUACACCUGUAUGUGCUUACCUGGAUACAGUGGGAGAAACUGUGAGCAAGAAAGCCGGUCCAUCUUGGAAACUUGUCUGUAUGACAAUGGCGGUUGUGAGCAUUUCUGCCAGGAGACGGAGGGCACACGCGUCUGUUCCUGUGCUGAUAGCUACUCUUUGGCAGCGGAUGGGAAAAAAUGUCUGGCUAACGAGCCCAUUCCCUGUGGCAAGGCUCCUCUGGACCCCUCCUUUGGUGUUGAGGCUAAGCUGGACCCCCGUGCCAGGAUUGUGGGAGGGACUGAGUGCCCCAAAGGCCACUGCCCAUGGCAGGUUCUGCUGCAGUAUGGGAAGCAAGACUUCUGCGGAGGAGCCAUAUACAAGCCCACCUGGAUCAUCACUGCUGCCCACUGUCUGGUGGACCUACCUCAAGUGAAACACCUGAAAAUAAUCGCAGGUGAGCACGAUCGCUACAAGGACGAAGGAACGGAGCAAACCGUCAUGGUGAAACAAAUGAUUUUACAUCCAGACUACAACCCCAAAACGGUCGAUAAUGACAUCGCUCUCCUGCACCUUCACGAGCCCGUUGAAUACACACCACACGCCGUGCCCAUAUGCCUGCCCACCCGCGCCCUCGCCGAACGCGAGCUCUGGUCUGUCCACUACCACACGGUCAGCGGCUGGGGCCGACGCAGCGAGGGCGGACCCCAGUCCAGCCUCCUCCGACGGCUGAAGGUGCCUCGCAUCCGGACGCAGGAGUGCGUAGAGAACAGCAAUGUCACGCUGUCCGCAAACAUGUUCUGCGCGGGGUACAUCGAGGGCAACGAGGACUCAUGCAAAGGGGACAGCGGAGGUCCUCUGGUUACGCACUACAGGAACACCGCGUUUCUGUUGGGGGUAGUGAGCUGGGGGAAAGGGUGUGCCAGACCUGGAAACUAUGGCAUUUACACUCGGGUGUCCAACUACCUGGAAUGGGUACACGAGCACACAGCAGAGCCAGAGUUAUUCAAUAAUACUACAACAGUGGCAUCUAACACAACAGUGUUGUAAAUUCAGUGUAAACGCUGAAUUUAAAAAAGUGACUAUUUAACUGUAGGCCUAAUAAAACUUUACUUUAGACCUACUUCACAUUCUGGUAUGUGUCAUAAUGUAUUUAUGAAUUACAUAGGUUGUCUCCAGAAAUAAAGAACACCUUUUUAUUUUCAAGUUUCAUGCCCAAAGAAACGGUAGCAAUAUAAUUGGCAUAGCAGCCCUGUGGCAGAUGGUGAUUUCAGCUUCAAAGGUGCUUUACAGUGAAAGGGGGCAAAGGUACGUGUAGUCUUUGUCAAGAGGACCCAUAAUUUCUGCAUCAGACCUACUUUGUGCUGGUGCAUGUAGCCUAUGUUCUCUAUGGUCACAUCCACCAGUUUAGAACCAAAUUUUGUGUUAAUUAAACACUUAGAGAGUCUAUUUAACAUCUUCUAGAGCAGUGCUUCUCAACCUUUUUUGACUAAAUGCCCCCUUGACCUCACCAUAAGCCUCCCAACGCUUCCCUGACCUCAUCAUAAGCCUGCUACAUCACCCCCUUCAGUACUAAAAAAUAAAAUAGGCCAAUGUUCCUCCAUUGCAACUGAGAUUCCUCCUCCGCUGUAUCCUUCUCAAUGCCCCAAAGGCUCUCUCGUGACCCUCAAAGUGAUACUGUCCCAGUUUUGGAAAUAAGCUUAUUUUACACCUCCCCAUUUAACAUUGAGUUCUGUGAGACCAGUUAGCCACCAGCUGGUCAUAUACCUGUAGGACUCAAUGUUAACUGCUAGCUUGGAGGUAAAAUUUGCACUACCAUACCCAGAGAACGGUUGAAAGUACAAGAGAAUGGUAAAACCCUAUUAUUUAACUCAAGGGGGGUUGAGAAACACUAUUCUAUAGUGUGUUUGGUCCAAGAGUACUCCUUAAGUGUCGAAUUAACACUGCAUUUAACAAUGUGCCUGGAGAGAUUAUCUCAUCACUCAGAGGACCAGGGGCACCACACAACCAAUAAUCUGCACACUCAAAUGUCCUUGGUUUGAGAUUUGUUCCUUGUGAAUCUUGUGAGCUCAGUGCUUACAAAAUGAACACCGCAAUCCAAUCUGUAUGUUUUGUGAUGUGUCCUAGACUGUCUGUGCUACUGAAGGACUAGUGGUAGUGUUUUUGAAUGGUUUAAUUGCAUUCCAUUCCAAGGUUGUGUGACAUUUAUUUUCUAGCCGCCUGCCUGUCACAUGGUGGCAUUCACCCACAAAGGAACAAGAUGUUGAGAUGGUGCUUAACAUUGUAGAUGGUUGAUAUGGAAGCAGAUAAAGACAAUGGUACUGUAAGUAGUAAAACCAUACAAAACAUAAUUGGGUAUUGUGGCUCCUAUUCAUUACAAAGAAUUAUGUUUGUGGAUUACGUAUGGCCAGUGAUUUUCCCCAAUCAAAUCAAAAGAACGUUUUGUGUUGACAUGUUAAAAAAUAAAGUUUUGCCCUCUAUAAU